UUGAAAUUUUCAAGGCACAGAUUAACUCUGAAAAUGUCCUUUGGGAGAGAUAUGGAGCUGGAACACUUUGAUGAGCGUGAUAAAGCACAGCGGUACAGCCGAGGGUCACGGGUGAAUGGUCUCCCUAGCCCGACCCAUAGUGCCCAUUGCAGUUUCUACCGAACCCGCACUCUACAAACCCUCAGCUCUGAGAAGAAAGCCAAAAAAGUCCGUUUCUAUCGCAAUGGGGACCGUUAUUUCAAAGGGAUUGUAUACGCCAUAUCUCCUGAUCGCUUUAGAUCUUAUGAAGCCUUGCUGGCUGAUCUGACCCGAACUUUGUCUGAUAACGUCAAUCUGCCCCAGGGUGUGAGAACCAUCUACACUAUUGAUGGAGCAAAGAAGAUCACCACCUUAGACCAACUUGUGGAAGGAGAGAGCUAUGUGUGUGGUUCAAUAGAGCCUUUUAAGAAGCUGGAGUACACAAAGAAUGUAAAUCCUAAUUGGUCGGUAAAUGUUAAGACCACCUCAACUUCCCGCACAGUGCCCUCUCUAGCCACGGCCAAAGGAAGCCCUUUAGAUACAAAGGAGAACAAGGAUUUCAUUAGACCUAAACUGGUCACAAUCAUCAGGAGUGGUGUGAAGCCACGCAAAGCAGUUCGGAUUCUGCUGAACAAGAAAACAGCACAUUCAUUUGAGCAGGUUCUCACUGAUAUUACUGAUGCCAUCAAACUUGAUUCAGGAGUAGUUAAGCGUCUCUACACACUGGAUGGGAAACAGGUAAGAGAAUUCUUUAAGCUAUCAA